ACUUCUUCAGUAGGCAAGAACGCUAGGUAAAGAAAUGAUGUAAAUCUCCUUCGUCUAUUUAUACAAGGACAUGGUAACCGCCCCAGUUUCUUUAUUAGUGAAACCAAACAUCUGGCUCAAUACAUCAAUCUAUGGGCAUAGACAUUUGUAGGGGUUUACACCUUAUGUGCUAUUCUUUUGCAGAUCGGCAGAAAUAGCCUUAGCCAAUUCCAAAUAAUGAAAGUUCAAAACAGGCAAACUAAAACGUUUGCUGCUAUAUGAUACACACUGAAUACACCCAGAUAGCCUUCUUUUGUUUGUGUUGUGAUCUGCCGAUUCCUGUUUUAGCAAUCCUUAUUUGUUGAUUCAAAGUCACAGAGUUAUUGAAGUUAGGUUUCUCGUAGCUACACGGGCAGGCUGCUUAGCAUUGCACUAACUAGUUUGGUGGUAGAAAAGUUUCUGUUCCAGUUCUUCCCUAUGUUGGUCUUCACUUGCUAUUUUCAACAGCCACAUGAACUUAAUGUAUUCUUUUUUUAUUCAGUUGCCACACGUGCUGCCAUCUGAAAAAGCAUUUUAUGCUGCUGUAUCUUCCCUUGGCAUCUACAGCAAAGAUGUUUACGAUGGAAAGGGGCUAUUUAGCGCCGCUUGUGUUUGGUGGAUGUUUCGUGCUUAUGGACAUGACAAAGUCUGGGUUUUGGAUGGAGGUUUGCCCCAGUGGCGUGCUUCUGGGUAUGGCGUGGAAUCAAGUGCCUCCAGCGAUGCUAUCUUAAAAGCUAGUGCUGCUAGUGAAGCAAUCGAGAAGGUUUACCAGGGGCAGUCGGACAUGGAUAGAGGAGAUUAUUUUGAAUUAAGUUUGGGCAAAAAAGACCUGGACAGAUCAAAGAAAUACAUCCAGACGUUGCAGGUAUCACCAUAUUCCAUUGCUAUUACUAUAUUUGUAUUAGUACCCCGAUAUUAGUAUGUGGUUCAUUUUCCAGAUUUGAUAUUAGUAGCCUGAGAAAUAAUAUAUUGGAAAAACUUAAAUUUAUUGGAAAAACAUUUGCUGUUGGACAGUUAUGAUUUUUAGUGUCUACGCUGAUGGUUUCAUAUUCAGUUGUUGUGAUGAUGAUAAUUGUUAUGAUUUAUUCCUUUACAAUGAUCUGUAGCUGCUGUAGUGGAUUAUUACAUGAUUCUGGACCAUGAUAUGCUCAGUUUUACACAUGUAAAAUAUAGAUUUCCCAGUGGCAUGUGUAUUGAGAUGCCUUACUUGUUCGUCUAUUGAUUACUUGGUUAUUUGUGACUUCUGCUGCUCUAGUGCUUGCUUUAGAUGAUCUGAUUUUCAAUAAGUGCAUGUUAUAACACUAAAAACAUUAUGAUCAUCAAAGUAGUGUACUCUCUUGCCAAGUAUUUCUCAGUACAGGAGUUCAGUUAGUGAUAUUGCUCUGCUAAUUCACAACUACAUGAAGUACCAUAUAACUUGAGAAAUCCUCAACUCUGAUCCUAGCUGCAACUACUUCACAAAGUUGGGACUGAAACCAACUUUCUGUUAAUUCACAAAGUUGUCUAUUUUCUCUUUCUAUUCUAAUCUUUCUGUUAAAGUGUUAUUGUAUUUACUAUGCACAUCGGGGCCAAGAGGCUGUCUACAAGCCUAGAACUCGAGUGUAACUUGCUUCUUGUCAAGCUUAUUUUCUUUCAGAGUUAAAUUGCGUUAAAUAUUUCUUUUGGCCAUUAAUUUUCUUGUCGAGCUGUCGCGUGUGGAGGAGCAGGCGAGCUGCUGCUGCUGGAGAUCAUGUGCUCCUGCUAGAUCUUCAUUGUUAGGUCGAAACUGAAUGUUGGUGUGGUUGAUUUUGAUUUGAAUUGUAAACGGAAUGUCGUGGUUGAUUUGAAAUCUAAAUUGAAAUGUACUGUUUA